UCUUAACAACAUUAGCCAAAUGGCCGCAAAUCUGAAGAGGAAACGAGAGCAAGAGGAUGAUCCUCGCAAGACCCGAAAGUUAUCCCCUCCAGAUGAUUCUGAUGAAGAGAAUAAUCUUGUGUUAGAUGGAACCGACGAGGACGACGAGGAAGGUGACAAUCCUGCUGAUGGAAAUGAUGAGGAAUGGGGUGGUAUUGAGCCAACUGGUGUAACAGAGGAUGUCCAUGCAUCCAAGGGAAAACCAAAGAAACCACCUACCGGUGUUGAGGUCCGGGAGAUGAAGGAAGCAGCGGAUCUGUUCAAGUCGACUAGCUUCAAGCUUCAGAUUGACGAGCUUUUACCCAACGUACGACCAAAGGAGAAACAUAAACUACCACUUGAACAAUUCCUUCUGUCGCUGCACACAUUUCUUCUGAAUAUUCCAUCAUCAUCUCCGAUACAUCCACUCGAGGCUACUCGACCUCUUCUGAAAAAAGGUAUAUCUAUACCAUACUCUACCCCACUACCAACCGAGGACUCCAAUUGGAAGGUAGCCUUUGCGCCUCCCAGUAGCAUAACACUUGUUGGUAGCUGGGGCAACAAAACCUCGGUUAAAGGCAUGGACGGUAACAAGUUCGGUGUUGAUAUAGCUGUUGAGAUGCCCGAUAGUCUCUUCCAAGAAAAAGAUUAUCUUAAUGGCCGAUUCUUCCACAAACGAUCAUUUUACCUUGCGAAACUUGCGGAAGCAAUAUGCGACAAGAAGCACGGACUGAAUGUGGACUGUUCCUAUCAUUCAUUGUCUGACAAUCCACGACUCACCAAGCUAGUUCUGGAGCCACGUCCUGGUGUCACCAAGAAUGACUUUUCAAAGCUCAAAGCUCAGAUUUGCAUCAUCCCUGUUCUAUCUCCAACAUCUCCGAUAUCUCUCCAGCGCCUUUCUCCCUCGCAUUCAAGUGUUCGUUCCUCUGAGGAGACACGAGUACCCACCCCUCUGUACAAUACCGCACUGCUUACUGCGCUUACCCCGUCCUCUCACCUCGUUUCAACGCACGCUCUACAGCAGGAGGCACCUGCAUUGAGCGACGCUUUGACUCUGUUGUGUGUAUGGGCAAAUCAACGUGGCUACUGCGAAGGCUCCACUCCUGGUAUUCGCGGAUUUGAAGGAAAAGGACCAUGGUGGGUCUCUGUAUUACGUGCUCUGAUCCUCGGAGAGGAAGGGAAAUCAAAACGAAAGCCUCUUGGACGGGGUCUGAGCUCUUAUCAGCUUUUCAAGGCAGUAAUCGACUUUCUUGCAACGCAUGACUUCCAAUCACAGCCCGUCUUUGUUAAGACUGAAGGAGGUAACAAGUAUCCUCUGGAAGAGUACAGCUCAUAUCAUGAGGCCGUUUUUGUUGACUCUUCUUCACGCGUCAACCUUCUAGCAGAUGUUCCUCUUGGGUCCCUGGAUCUGCUUCGAUAUGACGCCAAGAAGACGCUUCAGGCACUGUCCUCGUCGUCUUCGUCCUUUGAUCCCUUCACAGAGGCCUUUCUACGGGAUCGCAGGCAUUUGAGUACAAGAUUCGAUGCAAUCAUUCGUGUAGACCUCUCCACUUCAAAACCACGUCAAAACUCACUCCACGCAACAAUCGACCAUGGAUCACCCCACAAUGCCCUCCUUGCCUCUAUGUCCACCCUCCUUCGUCAAGGCCUAGGAAAUCGCACCAAGGCACUGGCUAUUCUUCAUCCUUCAUCCACCUCCCGUCCACUGUCCCAAGCACAUCCAUCGAAUAACCACAUCAUCUUUCUGGGUUUCAUUUACGAACAAGAACAUGCUUUCCGUCAAGUCGACCAUGGUCCCGCAGCAGACGACCCGGACCCAACUCACGCCGCGAGUUUCCGAGAGUUAUGGGGCGACAAAGCGGAGCUGCGCAUGUUCAAAGACGGAAGGAUCGUUGAGAGCGUAGUGUGGGACGUCAAGAAUGCCGAUGACAAAGUCCAUCUUCCGGUACAAGUUGCCAGAUACAUCCUAGAACGCCACUUUGGAAUCGAAGAUACUCAGUCAUGGCAUUCGUCUUUUGAUUCUCUUCUCCGUCUUCCCCAGCAAAUUUCCAAGAGCUAUUUGGAAUCGGGGAUCGCAGUUGGCUUCAAGGGUGCCCUGACAGCCUUUGAUAACCUCGUCAAAGGUAUCAAAGCCCUCGAUGACGACCUUCCUCUGUCGAUUCUAAACAUUAGUCCUGUGUCCUCUUACCUUCGGUACACAAGCACCUUCAGUCCCGUCCCGUUACCUGCCAAAUUGCUUCCCUCUACUCCGUCAAACGCAUCAUACCUCCAUGCCAUCCCCAUCAUCGUUCAAUUUGAGAAAUCGGCCAAGUGGCCAGAUGAUCUCAAGGCGAUACAAACUGUGAAGCUUGCCUUCUUCGAACGAAUAGCGGGUUCAUUGAUGAAGAGUAUGCCUGGUUUGAGUGCGUCGGUCAUGGUAGGGGGGCGUGGCGGUGAGGAUGAUGACCCCACGAUGGAGAUCCUAACAGUGGAGGGUUGGGCGUUUAGCCUGAGAAUAUGGCAUGACCGCGAGCUCAUCCUUUUGGAGAGGGUGAUCAAUACGACCCCAGGACACAUAGUUCCUCAACCAGGACAGAAGAAAAAGAAGGGGAGUGAGUAUCACCAUGCAGUCGAGGCAAAGGAACUAUACUUGCGCAGAUUCAUCCACGCGCCGAGGCAUCAUAGGGCAAUAUCAAGGUUGCAUCAUGUGUUUCCUGCAUAUACAACUACCGUAAGGUUGGUAAAGCGGUGGUUCGCAGUACAUUGGCUGCUCGAUGGUCAUGUAAGCGAAGAAGCCGUAGAGCUCAUUUGCGCAUUCUUCUUUGUGAAGACAGGGUGGGAGCGGGAGCACGAACAGACGGGUUCUAGCGGCAGCGGCAAUGUGCCAGGAAGUAAGGAACGGGGCUUCGCCAUGGUUAUGGAAUUUUUGCAUAGUUGGAAGUGGGAGGAAGGCUUGACUCUACCGCUUUACGAAGAAGGCAAGGAAGAACAAGUCAUGGACAGCGGCAUCUCCGGUGAAGGGGUAUGGGCGAUCAGAACAGAGAUGGACAAGACAGGACGGGUUUGGACUUGGAAAGGACCUGACGCGAUUGUCGCCCGUAGGGUGCAAGCGUUAGCUAAAGCCACCUGGACGCAUCUCAAAAGUGUCGAGCGUGGAACGGAUAGCAUACAGCCAAUGUUCAACCACCCAACUGGCGACUAUGAUUUCGUUGUUCGACUAGAUCCCACGGUCCUUCCACGGUAUCACCAAAAUAUUCGGCCGGAUCUCACUCUUCUUUCCCGAAGGCAGGGGAAAUAUUCCAAUCUGCAAUCGGAAGAUGCGGAUAAAGCAACUGUCGUGAGACCAGGAUACGAUCCAGCACGGGCGUUCAUACGAGACCUUACGAAAAUCUACGCCGACACGUUCAAAAUAUUCUAUGAUCCCUACGGCGGUGAUUCCUUUGGUGGGGUUUGGGAUGCAACGCUAGUGAAGGAGCCCAGACCAUUCCGAGUCAUGGGAGGUUUUUCCAGCGCACCUCAAACCGUCAAGGACGACAAGUCAAAAAAGGAGAAGAACAAAACAAAGGACUUGGUAGUAUUGAAUCAAGCUGCAGUGCUAAGUGAGAUUGAGCGACUAGGAAGAGGAAUCGUUCAAAGCAUCACUACCCGUUAGGAGCACGAAGAGGGUGUUCCACCGCAUGAUAUGACCGCAGCUUUUGAUUCAAAACAGUCGUUCAUCUUGCAGUCGUUUCGGAGCAAUGGUUAUAUCGUCCGUGUUACUACGUACAAUACUACAUACCGCCAACAAGACUAUGUGACGGA